UCUUAGUUGACACAUUGCAGUGCAGCCACGAGAAAGCAGUGAGCAAUUCCACUCUACUUCUCCCUCACCGGCUCCCCGUCCUCCACUUUCCCCGCCGACGACGCCAUGUCGGAGCACCGCGCGCCCCGCAGCUCCGUAGGAAGCCGCAGCUCCGCGCUGCCCCAUCACCACCAGCGCCUUCCGCCCGCUCCCGACCCGCUCGCCUCCAUCUGGAUCCGCCGCCUCCACCUCUCCCCCAACCCCCCGCCGCCGCCGCCGCCGCCGCCGCGGCCCCCGCCCCUGCACAUCCGCGCGCCGCCGUCUGCACAUCAGGACGCCAUCUCCACCGACGAGUCCCGCACGCCGCCGCCGCUCCCGCCGCCAAGCACCGGGUUCGGUCCCUUCCGCUGGAGCCCGCGCCCGUCGCUGGGCGCGCCGGCCGGCGCGUGGGCCGCCGCUGCUGGUCGUAGUGCCGUUGGCGGCGGCCAAACGAUGCUCUCGCCGUUCUUUCGUCUCCCAGCGCCGCUACCACCGGUCUUGGAUUUCGAGGAAGUCAUGCCUUUGAGGCCGUUGAUCGGUCUCAGAAGCCACAGCGGCAGUGGCGGGUUCCCUGGGUUGUCACGACAGAUGGUCGGCGGGGGCGACCCCGGCGACGCCUGGCUGUCGGCCAGAGCUGCAGGUGCUGCAUAUCCUAGCCAUGCUUUGGACAUGGUUCCCAUAAGAACACUUAAUGAUCUGCAUGAUAGACAGCAUGGUGCAAUACAAGUACAACCAAAUCUUGCAAGGCAUGAUCCUAGCUCUAGCAGCCAAGAUGAUGAACCUUUCUCGUAUUGGAACAUGGGGAGGUUCCGGAGAAACACCACAACUUCGUCAAUGACACCUAUUGGUGUUGCUCCUGUCAAUUUUGGCACAAAGAGGAAUGCUGAUUCAAACAAUUUUCUCCCUCUGAAGCUCAGGAAACUAAGUGGGGCUAUUUAGUGUUGAUGAAAUAUCUGGUCUGAGGGUUUUGAAAUGCAUAAGAAGCACACAUAUGCUGUUAUAUGUAACAGCAUGCAGUAACACUUCACCACGUUAGAGCUUGAGAAGGCUGGAGAUGGACGCAUUUGGUGGCAACCAUUGUAAAUUGUACUUUGCUCCCAAAUCGUUGCAUUUGGCAUCCUUUGAGCCACUGACCUGUAUGUUUGUAUAAUUUUGGUGUGAUAUAUAGGGAGAUGUCUUAUGCCACGUUUCCUCUAUGGCGUGUACAUUCACACAAAUUGACUCAAAACGUGUAAUGUUCCUUCCAAGGAAUUGUACGUUUUCCCUCUGCCCUUGUGUUUGUAAUUGCAAUUCCAUCCUUACCAUA